GUUUUACCUCAGUGUCCUUGUCAUUGUCAAUAUAGGUUCAGGUCUGGUGCGGUCUGCCACGACACCCACACACUCGCCCAUAUAUAGACACACACAUCCACAAGGACACCAGCAUGAACUCUCCAAGGAAAAACAAUUGCACGGCCGAAACAAAGAAAAAGGGGGAUGACGAACUUAAGUGCGAGCGCGAUUCGGAGAAGAGUUGGAUGCUAGACAGCAUGCCCCGCCACAUGGACACCUUCUGGCGAACGGACACAGCGGUUCCGCAGAGCAGGAUCAGUGGCGGGUACCAGAUGGCCAGCUCCCUGUACAACAAAGGUAUGGCCUUUACGCUAAAGGAGCGGCGGACGCUCAGAAUCAACGGACUCCUGCCAGUGGCCACUCGUACCAUAGAUGACCAGGUCAGGGCAUGCCAGGUAGCCAUGGAUACUUUUCUAACAUCUGAAAUGCAAAGGUACAUGUUUCUCACACAACUGAUGCGGACGAAUAUGCGACUAUUCUAUAGGAUCCUUCUAAGUGAUCCGGACAAGUACCUACCCAUGGUGGAUGCCACGAUUACUGUGAAUCUGGUGAGCUUCCACAGUCUUAUCUACAACUAUGGCCAGGGUUUGUUCAUCACCAUAAAGGACCUUGGCCAUGUCCAUGAGAUCUUAGCCAAUUGGCCUUACAGAAUGGUUCGAUGUAUCCUGGUUAGCAAUGGGGCAUCGGUCCUUAGUCACGGGGACUUGGGUGUGAAUGAAAUGUCCAUAUUGUUCUGCAAAAUGCACGAGAACGUCGUCUUCGGUGGGAUUAAUCCGGCCUACUGCCUGAGUGUCAUCCUGGAUAUGGGCACCAACAACGAGGUUCUGCUGAACACUCCUACCUAUUCAGGUAUAAAGGAACGCCGGGCCUCCCCAGAAAUUUGUGAAAAAUUGUUCGAGGAGUUCACACUGGCGGUUCUCCGGCAAUACGGAGCCCGCGCCUUGAUUUUGGCCAAGGACUUCGAUUCCAAGUGCGCCCUUAAGCAGCUGGAGCGCUACCGCGAUCGCUGCUGCCUCAUGGAUGCCGAUUUGCAGUGCCUGGCCGCUUGUGCUCUGUCCGGCGUGAUUGCAGCGAAUCGAAAUAUCCGGUUACCCUUCUUCAAGAACAAGUUCCUCUUCUUCGGGUCGGAGACUAUCAAUAUUGGAAUGGCUCGACUGUGCAUCGCCUUGUUUAAGCGCGAGGGUUACAAUGAUGUGAAGGCCCACGAGAGAGUCUGGUUCUGCGAUGCCGACGGCUUGAUUGUCCACGACAGGGGGCACAUUCCGGAGGAACUAGCGGAGUUUUCCCUGCCCGGCCCUCAAUUAAGUUCCUUGGUGGAGAUUAUCGACUUUCUGCAGCCGAAUGUUCUGGUGGGUGGCAGCGGACUGCCCAAGAGCUUUACUCCAGAUGUUCUGAGGGCAAUGGAGCGGAGUAACCAGCACCCGAUCAUUUUUGCCAUGUCGCGACCCAUCUGCAAGUCGGAGUGCACAGCCGAGGACGCCUUCUCCUACACCAAGGGCCGGUGCACGUUCAUCUCGGGAUCACCGCGGCCGCGUCUCAAGUACGCCAACAAGUGGUACCAGCCGGGCUUCUGCACCAGCAAAUAUCUGAUGGCCGGGAUAAGCAGUGGCAUUAUCCUGGCUGGGCUUAACCGCAUUCCGGACGAAAUUUUCUGCGUGGCUGCCGACCGGCUGGCCAAUCUGGUAUGGCCCUGCGACCUAAAAAUGAGAAAUGUCUUUCCGCCAAUGCGGAAGAUCGAGUGCAUCAGCCUGCAGAUUGCAGAGGCCGUUUUUAGUCAUUCGUUUCGACGAGGAUUGGCCACCUUGUCGCCUCGACCGGACAACCCCCUGGAAUAUAUCAAAAAACAUCGAUACGACCAUGAGAAUGUCGCAGAGGAUGUAGCAGAGGUCUAUUGCAUGCAGGACCGACACAUUGCCACUUCGGAGUCGCAGAAUUACUACAAGCUUCAUAUUUAGGACCUGUACUUAUCUACCAUGGCACCGUUAUUAAACUACAACUAAACUAGAA